AAAAAAUCCUACAAAGCUAGCCCCCAUCUUUUUGGAUUACUUUUCUCGUCGUGACGUGUGUUUUUGGGCCCACCAGAUAGGAGUCACACUCUAUCUUCUUCAUCAAUCAUCAUGCACCUUCUUUUCUAUACCUAACAACAUUUCAAGCUCUAUCUCUGCAACACACCACAAAUCCUCAAAACCUUUCGCUCUCCCUCUUCCUCUCCAUCAUGGACACCAAAUCCAGCUCAGAAUCAGAAGUCGUCACCAUUGAUGUUCUAAAAGCUAACGAUCUUCUCCGUAACAGCGGCUACCGUUACCUUGACGUCAGGACUGAGGAAGAAUUCAAGAAAGGGCAUGUUGAUUUCGAUGAUGCUCUCAACAUUCCUUACAUGUUCAACACUCCUGAAGGUAGGGUGAAAAAUCCCAAGUUCAUGGAACAAGUGCUACCAGUGUGUUCAAAGGAUGAUCAUCUUGUUGUGGGUUGCCAAUCAGGGGUUCGAUCUGUAUACGCAACAAUUGAUCUUCUUAAUACAGGAUUCAAGCAUUUAUACAACAUGGGAGGUGGAUACCUUGCAUGGGUAGAGAAUGGGCUACCUGUGGCUGUAGGGCCCAUCGUCCAAACGAAGCCCGAUCCAGUCACUUCUGGCCCGAAAACCAGCCCGGAACUGGUCCAAACAAAGCCAGAUGCGGUUCUUUCAGGACCAACCAAUUAAUGAUGGUUUCAUAAAAUUUGGAGGAAACUGAUCUAAGGUUCAAUUAUGCUUAACCGGGGUUCAGGGUCCGAUCAAGUUACUUGCUUUUUAUAAAUAUAUAUCUAAUUGGAAUUAAGAAAUUGUUAAACGAAUGUAACUUUAUAAAAAUUUACUGAAUUAGAGUAAAAGUAUUGUUAAAAAACGAAUUAUUAGUAGGGUUUUUUGGUAAAGAAAAACAAAAGGCCGGUUUGAGGGAGACCGCCGGACCGGUUAUGCAAAAGCAUUUUAGGCAGGACGGGAAGGCCCGUGGCUGAUUGAGCACCACAAGUGGGCCUCAAAGCCCUUCAUUUCAUAUCUUAGAACAAUGCUAUUUAUUAAUUUUAUUUAAUAUCAAAAUAAUCAAAUGCGAUAUAAACUUUGAUUAUUAAUAAAAAAAAACACCCUUUUACUUCUAUAAAAACAC